UUUUUCGAUUCUUCAUUUUCAUGCCGUUUUUUUCUUUCGGUCUUGCGCGAAUGUGCUUGCGCUAUUCUAUGUGCGCGAUAUUAUCCAUUCACCGUUUGCCUCCCGGACCCGGAUGUUGUUUUAGCGAUCAGCGAACGGCGUGGGUGAUGUUCGAUUUUUUUUUUUCCUGUGGGCGUGCGCCCCUACUGAAAAAAUUCCUGGCUACGCCUCUGCACACGUCUCAUUUCCAUGCAGAGAGUAAACCAAGUAGAUUUCCUCCCCUGCUCUGGCCGCGCGUCUGCAGCAGGUGUAAGGACGCAACAUCCACAUGGAGACUUUAAGACAGCGUUCACGGUUCGAGAGGAAUGGGACGGAGGUGAAACUUGAGGAAACCGAAUCACCGUUAAAAACCAAAGACAAUGCCCCUCUCAGCACAGUUAUUGUUUCUUUUCUCUAUACAGAAGUGCUGAGGAUUGCGUCAUUUUGUGUUAUCUUCCGCGUCUUGAACUGUUUUCUGGUUCAGAGCAGCUUCGUUCCAGAUGAGUACUGGCAGGCUGUGGAAGUCGCCCACCACAUGGCCUUCAAAUAUGGCCAUCUGACAUGGGAAUGGAAGGAAGGCAUAAGAGGCUUCACCUAUCCCCUUUUUUUCGCCAUCAUUUAUAAAGUACUACAUUGGAUACACUGUGACUCUGUGUAUAUUAUGAUAUGGCUGCCCCGCCUACUUCAUGCACUAUUCACUGCGUUUGCAGAUUUCAAAUUCCUCUUCCUUGUUGAAGAGCUGGAAAAUCAACAUGUUGCGAAAUGGACGUUCUUCUGCCACCUGUGCUCGUGGUUCACAUGGUACUGUUGCAGCAGAACGCUGAGUAACAGCGUGGAGGCCACCAUCACUUGCCUUGCUCUCUGUUACUUCCCCCUGCCUGGAUCCAAAACACACAGCAGCAAAAAAUAUUUGAGCCUCGUUGCACUGGCCGCUAUUGUUCGCCCGACGGCCUUGAUUCUCUGGCUUCCGCUGUUGAUUUAUCAUUUCUGGCAAGAAGAUAACAAACUGAGACUGGUGGUGCAUGACUACAUUCCCAUUGGGGCUUUGGCCAUUGUGAUUCCAACCAUAAUUGACUCCAUUUUCUAUGAAAAGUGGGUCUUCGUACAUUUCAACUUCCUGAAGGUUAAUGUCUUGGACGGAUUGGCCAGUUAUUUCGGCACCCACCCAUGGCACUGGUACCUCACUCAGGGCUUCCCGGUCAUAAUUGGCCCCCAUCUGCCAUUCUUUUUAUUUGGAUGCUUCCUGGCUUUUAGAAGGUACAAAAUCCUGCUGGUGGCCAUUGCCUGGACCAUCGGGGCAUACAGCCUGCUUCCUCACAAGGAGUUUAGAUUCAUCUACCCUGUGCUUCCCUUUUGCAUGAUCUUCUGUGGGGCAACGAUGGCUCGUAUGAAAGCUUGGCGACGAGCAGCCACUGCCGGUUUGCUGGCCUCCAACCUGCCCAUAGCUCUAUACACAGGCCUGAUUCACCAGCGUGGAGCUCUGGAUGUCAUGAGCCACAUCCAUGUCCUUUGUCACAAUGUCUCACAGCCGGACGUCCUCUUUGCAAUGUCCUGCCACUCAACACCUUACUACAGGUGCCAAAUGCUCCAUGGGAUCCGGAAAGCCUUCUGAGUGUUUCUCUAUGAACUGUGCAACUCAAUUGUAAAAAGAAAAACGAUAAUGAGGUUACACAAGUUUGCACACCCAAUUAUAAUGGGGGAUGUGGGUAGUUAUGGGUAACUAAUCAUAUUCAAACUCAUGUUCAAUUGGUGAAUGCCUCUGCUUAAUCCAUCCAUCAAUUUUCUGUACCAGUUUGUCCCCACGGGGGUCGCAGGCGUGCUGGAGCCUAUCCCAGCGGUCAUCGGGUAGUAGGCGGGGGACACCCUGAACCGGUUGCCAGCCAAUCGCAGGGCAAACAGAGACGAACAACCAUCCGUACUCGCACUCACAUCUAUCAAGCAUGUUUUUGGGAUGUGGGAGGAAACCGGAGUGCCCGGGGGAAACCCACACAGGCUCGGGGAAAACAUACAAACUCCAUACAGGGAGGGUCGGAGGUGGAAAAUUAGCACCCUCCUAACUGUGAGGCGGACGUGCUAACCUAUGCUCCACCGAGCCACCACCUCUGCUUAAUCUCAAAGAAAUUUAAAAAUGUUCUAGUAGGCUUUUCAUUUUCUCAUCUGCUCCUUGUAUUUCAACACUGCCAAUUUUAUUAGAUACUGUUUGGCAAAAAGGCUCUUUCCCUGGGGUCCCAACAAAAAACAUUAUUCCAGAGUGUUCUAAUUAAUUUUUUUGAGUAGGGUCAUAAUAUGACGAAAUGUGAGCAAAAGCACUGAAUAAUGUCUGGAUGCACUGUAUGGAGAUUUUCAGUUAUUUUUCCUCCCCUUGCAGCCACGUCCACUGCCCACUAAAGAUGAGGUUCCUCGAGGGCCUGCGUGAUCUCAGCCAGCUGGACCAUGAGACUGAAUCAGAAAGAUUCAUCAAUGACCCACUUCUCUGGCUCCGAACUUCGUAUCCACUUGAGCAUUCACUUCC